AUGGUAGAGGUUCUGCCUUCUGUUCAGGAUGGAAGUACGUUGGAUUUGGACUCGGCACGAACAGGUCCGUAUCGAAUGUACAGACGACGGUGGUUCGGUGUGUUCGCAAUGUUCAUCCUGGAGGCUGUCGCGAGUAUGAGUUGGCCAUGGUUCGGACCUAUAUCUAACAAUGUGGUCGAUGAGUUUGGGUUCACCCUGACGCAAGUUAAUUGGUUGGGCAACAUCAUCGCAUGUAUGUAUCUCCCCGUCACGGUCUUCACGCCUAUGAUAUGUUCGCGGUAUGGCAUUCGUGUUUGUUGUUAUAUUGCAUGUGGUGGUCUCUUGGUCUCGGCUUGGGUUCGCUAUGCAGGCACUGCACACUCGCUCCCUAUGAACGGUGCUUAUGCGCUGUUAAUUAUCGGACAGGCUCUAUCGGCUAUCUCUACCCCGGUGUUUCAAGUACUAGCACCCAAGUACUCUGAGGUGUGGUUCGACCUGAAGGGACGGACUACGGCUACCAUGAUUAUUUCGAUAGCGAACCCCAUUGGAGGUGCUCUGGGACAGCUUCUAUCUCCUUCAGUAGGCGACACCAGGCAAUCAAUCCUAGUGCUGGCAAUAAUCUGUACAGCCGUCAUUCCCGUCGUCUUCAUGAUCUUCGAGGCUCCGCCAGUACCUCCAACUUUUGCCGGCUCACGGCCUUCACCGUCUAUCCUUUCCCUUCUUAACGCGAUGCUUGGCCGGCCUUGUCCCGAGGAGGCAUAUAUGACGAUACGCGAACGACUUGAUUUCGUCAUCCUGGUAACCUGUUUUUCUGUUUUCCUUGCUGCCAUCAAUACGUUCUCUGUUCUCAGUGCGGAGUGGAUGGCUCCCGUGGGAUAUUCAGAUGAUAUUACAGGGAUUAUGGGGGCUGCACUUUUAAUUGCAGGAAUCGUCGCAGCCAUCGCCACCGCGCCUCUCUUUGACCGAGUCCUGACGCAUCAUCUCUCCAUCACGCUUCGCAUACUUUGUCCUCUCAUCGGGGCGUCCUGGUUGUCGCUUAUUUGGGCUGUGAGGCCAAAUGACACAGGCGGAAUAUUUGCCGUCCUGAUCGUCAUUGGUGCAGCUUCAAUCUCGUUACUGCCUGUAGCACUUGAAUUGGGAUGCGAGCUGACGAGGAACGCGGACGGAAGUGCAGCUAUCCUGUGGUUCUUCGGCAAUCUUUUUUGCGUCAUCUUUGUCCUUGCCCAGGACUCUCUCAGAGCACCCUCUACCGCCAACCCACCCCUGAACAUGCGCAAAGCGAUCAUCUUUAACGGAGUCUUCGCUCUCGCCACAUCUGGCCUCAUUUUCUUCAUUAAUGGACACCAGGCCAGACGAGUCAAGGAUGAAGAAGUGCAUAGAGCGCAGGCGGAGGAUGGUGCCGAGGUGGGCAUUGCGAUGACGAGUGCGGGAAGUGAGGAGGCAAAGUGA